CGACUCUGUGCCUCACUGAGGAAAAAUAACUAAACAUGGGCAAAGGAGAUCCUAAGAAGCCGAGAGGCAAUGUGUCAUCAUAUGCAUUUUUUGUGCAAACUUGUCGGGAGGAGCAUAAGAAGAAGCACCCAGAUGCUUCAGUCAACUUCUCAGAGUUUUCUAAGAAGUGCUCAGAGAGGUGGAAGACCAUGUCUGCUAAAGAGAAAGGAAAAUUUGAGGAUAUGGCAAAGGCGGACAAGACCCAUUAUGAAAAAAUGAAAACCUAUAUCCCUCCCAAAGGGGAGACAAAAAAGAAGUUCAAGGAUCCCAAUGCACCCAAGAGGCCUCCUUUGGCCUUCUUCCUGUUCUGCUCUGAGUAUCACCCAAAAAUCAAAGGAGAACAUCCUGGCCUGUCCAUUGGUGACGUUGCGAAGAAACUGGGAGAGAUGUGGAAUAACACUGCCGCAGAUGACAAGCAGCCUGGUGAAAAGAAGGCUGCGAAGCUGAAGGAAAAAUACGAAAAGGAUAUUGCUGCAUAUCAAGCUAAAGGAAAGCCUGAGGCAGCAAAAAAGGGAGUUGUCAAAGCUGAAAAAAGCAAGAAAAAGAAGGAAGAGGAGGAAGAUGAGGAAGAUGAAGAGGAUGAGGAGGAGGAAGAUGAAGAUGAUGAUGAAUAAGUUGGUUCUAGCGCA